CAUCAGCAUGGAAAAGUUCAACAUGAAAACAACGUGGUGGCAAAAAUACAGACACGCCAAGAACCAUCCCAGCCGACUGAGUGUGGAGAUGGUCCUGCGCAGGAGCUUCGCGCAGGUGCUGAGGGAUUAUGUGCAGCACUGCUCACUCGCGGGAAUCAAGAAGGUGUGCGAGCGGGACAUCCCGGUCAGGCAUCGAAUCUUUUGGACCAUCCUAACCGGCUUCACCUACGGCGCAGUGAUCUACAUGCUCAUGAACAUCUGGAAGGCCACAUUAAGCAAACCCCUGCUCGUGACCAUGGACUCUUCCACGUACCCCAUCGCCGAGAUUGACUUCCCUGCCGUCGCCGUGUGCAAUAUUAAUCGGAUUAGUAUGAAGUCAGUUAAAAAGCUUGCGGCGGAGAUUUACCAAAACCGGAAGGGAACGCAUCCAAACACCACCCUGAACGACAUCGAAUGGUAUCUGUUGCAAGGUGGUCGGCUCGUGGACUAUUCCUACAACGAAACUCUUAGACUACGUCUCCUGAAGUUUGCCACUCACGCGCAGGACACACGAAAAAUCGUAUAUGGUAUGGAACGGCUGGCUCCAUCCUGCAAUGAAAUGCUACUCCGUUGUUCCUGGAGCGGACAAGAAGUGAACUGCAGCGAGAUAUUCACCAUGCGGCGUACUGUUCUGGGGCACUGUUGUGCCUUCAACUACGUGCUAAAGUACAACUCCAUGGGCAGGCCAGAUAAAACCAAGAACCUGAUCGCGUCUGUGAUGCGGCAGAAGCAGGCGGGCAUGUAUCACGGGCUCAUCGUAGUAUUAGACCCGCUUCUGGAAGACUAUGGCUAUCCUCUGCGGAGCGUGGAUGGUUUUGAUAUAUUUCUGUUCGACCCAACUCACUUCGCGGAUCCGAGCGGUGGGCGCGUGCUGCAGCGGUUGUCCCAGCCCAAUGAAGCCAUGGUGUUAGAGCUGCGAUCAGUCAGGCAGAUUGCCACGACAGAAGUCAGGAAGUACCCCCUUAGCACUAGGAAAUGUCUCUUCCACGACGAGGUUCCCGAACACUUCGGAAAUAUGUACUCAUAUAGCGCAUGCAUCGCGCGCUGCAGAAUCAAGACCAUCCGCUCUCUCUGCAAGUGCACGCCUUACUUCUUGCCUGCUGGCAACAAUAGUGUCUGCUCACUGGUGGAUCUGUGGUGCCUCAACAAGUAUAAAGAAAAACUUCUCUACUUCUACCCGUUCAACUCGAACGCCAAGAUCGGGCUAGAGAUGGAGCGCCUAGACUCGCUCUACUGCCCCGAGUGUCUGCCGGACUGCGAGUUGACCAAGCACUCCACCAAGUCGUCCGUGAUUCCGUUCAGGGAUCGAGGACUCGGAGACCAGCCAGUGCUGCCGGACAUUGCGAAAGGCCUGAACGUCACAGAAUCAAGUAACUUGGCGAUGGUGUACAUCUAUCAACCAACAAACGACGGGGUUUUGGACCGACUCGAUGUGGUGUCCUACUGGUAUGAAAUACUGAGUAACAUCGGCGGUUUCGCAGGCAUCCUCGUGGGAUUCUCUAUCAUUAGCGUAGUUGAGAUCAUUUAUUAUUUUGUCGUCCGUUUCAUUCAAGUUCUGUGUUCGAACUGGAAAUUAUAUUAUUAACCUUUUGACCGCCACCGUCGGCUAUGGCCGACAUCUGAAAUACUUGCCAAGGACGCCAAUGACGGCUACAGCCGACAGUUUCGCCAAUGCAAUAGGGACUAACGCGCGACUCCGUAAAGUUCAAUUUCGUUUAAAUAAUCGUGAUCGCCUGCGUCCGGGGCACGGCAAAUUCCUUCGCUGUCUGGCGUUCAAGAGGUUAAAUAACAGCUAAAAUACUUCUAUUGGGUCUCUUUCUGCUUAAUAUACCUAUAAAGAAUAAAAGAUCCAUAGCUAAAGUAAGGACGCUAAGCACGAAGAGUUUAGAUAAAUUGACCCUCCUAUUGCUGUCUCUAUCGCACGCACAUAAUUAUAUUGCUAUUUCGCUCGUACAGUUAAGAGUUAGCUUAAACGGACUCUAUCUAAUGAAAUCUAGCCUAAUACGUAGAAAUCCGUGGUGAGCUUACACAACCCAAUAGCCUAUUCGCUCCGUCCACGACUGUGGCGCCGCCCUAGUGGCUAUGGG